AUGAUAACAAGUUUAUUAUAUAAACAAAGUAUCAAUGUACUUUCAAAAAGAUGUUUAUCAUCAACAUUUAAUACUUUGACAAAAGGUAUAACUUCAUCUUGUUCAUCUUUGUCUUCGUCAUCAUCAUCACCUGCUUGGUAUAGUAGUAGUAGUAGUUCAAGUGGAAAGAAAAGGAAUAGUGAUAGAGUAAGAUCAUCGAUGAUCAAAGAACAUAAAGUAGAUGAAUUACAACAAUUCAUCAAACAACAAGCCAACCCAGAAACUAUAAACUCUACCAAACCAAGUGAAGCUAAACCAAUGAAUAGAAAAGAAAAGAGAUCAAUGCAACUCAAGUUGAAUCGUAGUGCCAAUAACCUUAUCGUUGCUGGCACCGUAUCACCAAAAUCACAUGUACCAACUCAUAUUACUGUUCCUCCAUAUGUAAAUGGAGAACCUGUAAUUGAAUAUGAUUUGGAAGAUGAUAUUACAAUUCACAAUGAUGAAUCUAUAAAGGCAAUGAGAGAAUCAUGCAAGAUUGCAGGCGAAGUAUUACAGUAUGCUGGUAGUUUGGUGCGUCCAGGUAUAACAACCGAUGAAAUCGAUAAAUUGGUGCAUGCAGAGAUUAUCAAGCGUGGCGCAUACCCUUCACCCUUGGGAUACAAGGGAUACCCCAAAUCACUGUGCACCUCGAUCAACGAGGUCAUCUGUCACGGUAUUCCAGACAAUAGACCAUUGUAUGAAGGUGAUAUUAUUAACCUCGACGUUACCAUCUACUACAAUGGAUACCAUGGAGACACAUCGGCCACAUUUUUAGUUGGUCAAGUUGAUUCAGCUGCCUCUAAAUUGGUUGAAGUUGCUAAACUAGCUUUGGAAGCUGGUAUUAAAGCUGUUAAACCUGGUAGACCAUUCUCUGAUAUUGGUAAUGCUAUUCAAACAUUGGUACAUAAACAUUCAUUUGGUAUCCCAGCACAUUUAGUAGGUCAUGGUAUUGGAAAGGAAUUCCAUACAGCACCAUUUAUAUUCCACGUUAAAAAUGAUCUAUCGCAUGUCAUGGAACCUGGUAUGAUAUUUACGAUUGAACCAAUCAUUGCAGAAUCUACAGAACCAUAUACCGAAUGGAAAGAGUGGGAUGAUAAAUGGACAAUGUCGACAUUGGGAGGAGGAUGGUCCGCUCAGUUUGAACACACUGUCUUGUUAUAUCAGUCUUCAUCAUCAUCAUCAUCAACAUCGACCUCAUCGUCUGCUGCUGCAUCAUCAUCGCCGUUGGGUCGUACGAAUGGAGACAACAACAACAAUAAUAAUAGUCAAAGGGUAGCCACACGAUUCGAAACCAACAAUAACAAUAACAAAAAGAAACAAGAACGUCGUCAGCGUAAUCGUCAUCGUCAUCGUCAUAGCCCGUCUUCUACAUCCACCACUUCAUCAUCCAUCACUACAUCACCUUCAUUGUCUUCGCUUUCGUCGUCAACGUCGUCUCUGACAAACGGAUACCAACCACUUCACAGAGACACCACCACCUCUUUUACUGUAAAUAACAUUGUACCUACGACGACGACAACGAGCAAUGACAAUGCAUUCAAUAGUCAUCAUCAUCAUCAUCAACUCCAUUCAUCCUCAAUAUUGGCAUCAUCGACGGCAAUGGGUGGAAGCAAAGCACCAUUGUCAUCCAUGAGUAAUGGAAGCGAUAGUGUCUACACCAUGUCACCCGUGAUUGGUAGUGCGGUCAUGAGUGAUCCAAUGGGUAGACAAUCAAUUCAAAAUUCACCAUUAUUACAACAACAAAAAUUCAAUGUACACAACAACAACAACAAUAAUAAUAAUAAUAAUAAUAAUAAUAAUAAUAAUAAUGUAAAUAGUCAAACCGUAUCACAUUCAUUUAUGAUCGGUAAUAAUAAUAAUAAUUCUACUAAUCAAAAUAAUCAACAAAUCAAUAAUGUAAAUAAUAAUAAUAAUAACAAUCAUGGAAUAUAUAAUAGACAAAGGAGUAAUACAAAGGAAACCAUGAAAGUUCAAACUGGGAGAGAUAUAGAUGGAUUUAAAAUUGUAAAUGAAUAUGUGUUUGUCAGGAAAUUGGGUACUGGAUCACAUAGUAAAGUUCAUCUUUGUUAUCAUCAAGAUAACAAUAUGUUAUAUGCUGUAAAAGUUUAUAACAAAAUUAGAUUGAAAAAGAAAACAUUGGGAGCAAAGGGUUUAUCAUACGAUGAAGUAAUCAAGGAAAUCGCAAUAAUGAAAAAAAUUAAUCAUCCAAAUGUUGUUAUCAAUGAUCCAAAUGAAGAUAGGAUUUAUGUAGUUAUGGAAUAUAUAGAAGGAGGAUCAAUAAUGAGUACAUGUGAUAUUACUCAAAACCAUUGUAUGUCUGAAAAUUUGGCAAGAAAAUAUUUUAGAGAUAUUGUUUAUGGUUUGGAAUAUUAUUUUGUAAAAGUACAUGAACAAAAGAUUAUACAUAGGGAUAUUAAACCAGAAAAUUUAUUAGUAAAUAAGGAUGGGCAAGUCAAGAUUACAGAUUUUUCUGUUUCACAUAUAUUUGACAACAAUGAUUAUUUAAACUGUUCAAAGGGUAGUCCUGCCUUUUUAGCUCCAGAACUUUGUAAAGAGAAUCCAGAUAUAAAUUCAAUUUCAGGUAAAGCAAUUGAUAUAUGGGCUUUAGGAAUUAGUCUAUAUUGUUUAAUUUUUGCAAAUGUUCCAUUUAAUAGUGAUAGUUUAAUUGAUAUGUUUGAUAAAAUUCAAUGUCAAGAAAUUCAAUUCCCAAGAGAAAUAUCAAUUGAAUUAAAAGGAUUAAUUCAACGAUUACUUGAUAGAAAUCCAUUAACAAGAAUUACAUUGAUGGAAAUCAAGAAUCAUCCAUGGACGACUGUAAAUGGAACAUUGACAAUGAAAGAAAUGCAACAUUUAAUUUUAAAUGUCACAGAUCAAGAAGUAAACAAUGCAAUCACUCUAGAUUCACUUCACUCUAUGUACUAUGAGUCAUUGGAUACAUCUAGUGAGAGUAGUAGUCUAGUCGGAAAGCAAUCAGCACCAUCCUCCAUUUUCAACAGUCCCAACCUAUCACAACAAAAUUUCCAUUAUAACGCCCAAUACUUUACCCCUGGUGGAUUAACUACACCAACUCAUCAACAACAACAACAGCAACAACAACAACAAGAAAUGAUGAACCUUGGUGGAGUAUGCAGUACUUUUCAAGAUGAAUAUUAUGAUGACGAUGAUGAUGAAGAUGGAUCUAGUUAUGAUUAUGAUGAUGGUGAUUCUACCUCUAGCAAUAGUAGUGAUGAAGAUUUACAACAAGUCAACGAUUUCCCAUCAAGAUCAUCCAAUACAUCCUUACCAGAUUUUCUAUCAUACUUUGUUAAACCAUUGACACGAUCCUAUUCAACCAGAUCAAUUGUUUAA